GAGCGUGCCUGUUGUCUAGGAAAGGUAUUUUAUCAGCAGUCCGCCAUCUGUUACAUCCAGUCGUCGGCCGGAGCCUGUACCGUACGGACAGACUCUACGGGCAAACAAGCGGGCACCACAGCGGGAUUCGGGAUGAAAGCGAAAGUGGCGAUGUGUUUUCCGAUGCACGAUAGUGUCGCAGAGUGUUUGAAACGCCACUCGUCGCCGAAAGCGUUUGCUUAAAGACGAUGUACUAAUAGAGCCAUAGAGUAUAAAUGGAACCUAACAUCCGUAUAUUUCAUUGUUACGCUACCUCUAUUCGUAAUAACAGUAGUUGCAAGCAAGCCGAACCUAACAGCGGUCUGGUAGCACCUCAAGCGCAUAAAUAGUUAAUUGUGUUAUCCUUAGAAUGAGCAGAUUGAGUUGGUUGAGUGCGUAAUUUAGCCGUGUUUGCUUACGGCUCAACGUCUCAAGGAAGAGAGUGAACCUGCGAUGGAUUAACCAUUUACGUGCAACAAUAUUCAUCACUGUACGAUCACAUCCAUCACAUCACAUCACAUUGCAUCGUCAAUAAAAGAGGAAGCAAAAGCUGCUUCCACGUACAGUGCAUCUUCCAUCUGUUGAAUGGAGGCAUCACAUCACAGUGGCCCGUACCGUGAGUGUAACGAACGAGUGUGGUGGAACUAUCGACAAUACAGACCGUGAACGCAAUGACGUAGCGUGUAAAGUGUGUCACGAGAAAGGAACAGACAGUGUGGCGUAAGGUGGCGGUGUAAUGGUGCAACAGCUAGCUAUUUAGCCCCCGAACUGUUGUUGUUCGAAACGCAACGAGAACGCUGGUGCAAUAAUAAAGUGCAGCUUGAUUUUCGGCUGCUUGCCCAUCCGUGCGCCAGAAUCCGUUAAUUGGACGUCACUAGGAUAACAAGCGCAACAGCAUCGAGCUACUUUGACUCGGGCCACUGCAUGCACCGGGCAGCAGCUACCUUGCAGUACCGUUUAUCAGCCCAGCCACAGCAACGACCCUGCCCUCACCCAACCCCGACCGAACCGUCCGAAACAUGUUGCAGCAGCGAAGAUGAACGACGCUCCUAACGAUGUGGCAGCCAGUGCGGUCGACUACGAAGAUCUGAUGGCACCAUGGGCCUACAAUGCGUCCGCCGUCACACUGUUCUUUAUUGGAUUUUUUGGCUUUUUCCUCAACCUGUUCGUGAUAGCGCUGAUGUGCAAGGAUAUGCAGCUAUGGACACCGAUGAACAUCAUAUUAUUCAAUUUGGUCUGUUCCGACUUUUCCGUGUCGAUCAUCGGCAACCCGCUCACGCUCACAUCCGCCAUCUCGCAUCGCUGGAUCUUCGGCCGGACGCUGUGCGUGGCGUACGGGUUUUUCAUGUCCUUACUGGGAAUAACCUCCAUCACGACGCUUACCGUGCUGUCGUACGAGCGGUACUGCCUCAUCAGCCGUCCCUUCUCGUCCCGGAAUCUGACGCGCCGGGGAGCCUUCCUGGCGAUCUUCUUCAUCUGGGGCUACUCGUUUGCCUUAACCUCGCCGCCACUGUUCGGCUGGGGUGCGUACGUACAGGAGGCAGCUAACAUCAGCUGUUCGGUAAACUGGGAGUCUCAAACGAAAAACGCCACCACGUACAUCAUAUUCCUGUUCGUGUUUGGGCUGGUCGUUCCGCUAAUAGUGAUCGUGUACAGCUACACGAACAUCAUCGUCAAUAUGCGGGAGAAUUCAGCACGCGUCGGGCGGAUCAAUCGGGCCGAACAGCGCGUCACCUCGAUGGUGGCCGUCAUGAUCGUCGCGUUCAUGGUCGCCUGGACACCGUACGCGAUCUUCGCGCUGAUCGAACAGUUCGGACCGCCGGAGCUGAUCGGUCCAGGGUUGGCCGUGCUGCCGGCGCUCGUCGCCAAAUCGAGUAUCUGCUACAACCCGAUCAUCUACGUCGGCAUGAACACGCAGUUCCGGGCGGCAUUUAGCCGCGUGCGGAACAAGGGCCAGCAGGCGGCGGACCAAAACACGACCACGAUGCAGCGCGAGCUGACCAAGAGCAGCCGGGACAUGGUGGAGUGCAGCUUUGACUUUUGUCGGAAGAAGAGCCGCUUCAAGAUUAGUCUGGUGAAGCCGACCGCACCGUUGGCGGUGGUGGACGUAUCGAGCACGUCGCACCGGGACAAGGGCACGAGCCGGUCGCCCCUGGAUCAAACGGUGCUGAAUGAAACGAACGAGGACGUUGGGCGGGAACGGAGUGGUGGUUGUGGUGCUUAUGCCGGCACACGCUUCGUACGGCCGGAUUUUGAACUGUCUGUGAUUAAUAGUGGAAAAUCGAUUCUAAUCAAGUCGAAGAAUUUUCGGUCCAAUUUACUAUAAAAGCGCACGUGAUAAAGAAUGAAUAGACGCGAGGAGGGAGAGGAAUACAAAUGCGGGGAGCAAGAUUGUAUCAUUAAGCACGCUAGCGAGUAUGUAGUGCCAUUUCGUUAUAUAGUUUAUGCCAUAAAAGGUGUCAAAAUAGAUUACAAAACACGUGUCCUAUUGGAGAUUAAUGUUUUAUGUUUUUUUUUUAAAUAUUUUUCGUUUGCUUUAGUUCCCCCUAUCGCUCGGAAAAGAAUGAGCCCACUUUUGCUGAGUGAUAGCUUUACGUUCCUAUGUUUAUUUCUUACACCCCAAUUGACACAACCGUACACAUAUGCACACCCAUUUGUAGUGCAAUGCAAUGGAAACAACGAUGAGCUUUUAGAAACGAGACACUAAGGUAAGCGGAUAAGAAACAAAAUACCAAGCCCACCAAACCGAAGAGUACGGAACGGAGAAAGUAAUAUCCACAUAGAGAGUUAACUUACUAGAAGUAGCCAACUGUAACGUAUGGUAAUGUAAUGUUAAAUUUUAACGAAUCGUUCACAUUUUAGCCAACACAGAUUAAUGGGAAACAAUUAAUAGGAACCACUCCGCUGGUUUAAAUGGUUUGGAAUGAGGAGGCAACUGUUAGCACAUUUCGUAAAUGUGAUUAUAGCGAAUUGGAUGGAUUGUGAACGCUAGUCAGCCGGGAUAGCAGUGCAUAAUGUAAGCAGUAUUGUAGCCGUUUUAAGACACAAGAGUGGACUAUUUACCGUGCGUCCCAGACGCAGCCAAACCCUGUAAGUAAAUAACAAUUACCCCCCAUAGGUAGUGUUCUAGGUGUAAGUGUAAGUUUGAUCAAAAUGAAACCAGCGUUGCAAUUUAUUCAAUCGCCAGAAUGUUAUAUUUUUCGAAUAGGACAAAUAAAAAUUAGUCGAUAAAUCAU